GUUUCAUCAAUUGUAGCAUAGCAGAGGCACGCUGUCCUCUAACCUACAGAGUCACAGUAGUUGUUGGCGUGGGACUCAUGAUGGCAAACGCGCUCAGGUUAUUGUUCAAGCAACUGGUUUGGUUUUUACUUGUGGAAAACUUCUUAAUCUCUCCUGCUUUGUCAUAUACUUAUAGCACUGACACAUGGCAACAACUUCCAAGGCGAACACCGCAAUUUGACAAUCGUCCCCGCUUUAAACAGCCUCCACUCCAACAAACAGUUUCAAGGCCAAUUCGAGUAGAAACUGUCGCUGUGACGUGCCAUUCAGACUACAUGGAGAUAGUCGUGAAGGCUGAUCUGUUUCAACUCGGUAAUCUAAUCGACGUGGAUGACCUGCGACUUGGAGUUGAACAGUACCAAGACCAAGAGCCCUGUAGGGCAACAGCGUCAGCAGCCGGAGAUGAGUACAGAAUAUUUGCAGCACUUUCGGACUGUGGAACCAAGAACCUGAUAACCGAAGACUCAUUGAUCUACACAAACCUCCUCAGAUAUACACCCAGAACCACACCAGAUGGGGUUAUUCGAAUGGUUGGUGCUGUAAUCCCAAUUGAGUGUCAUUAUGAAAGGAAGUACAGUUUGGACAGUUAUUCUCUCCAGCCGACCUGGAUCCCUUUCACCGCCACAGUGUCUGCUGAAGACACCCUGCAGUUCUCAUUGAAGCUUAUGACAAGUGACUGGCUCUAUGAGCGGGGUUCUGGAGUCUACUUCCUGGGUGAUCCCAUCAACAUUGAGGCGUCUGUCAGGGUUGCUCACCACACCAGGCUCAGGGUGUUUGUUAGCAGCUGCGUGGCCACACUGGACCCUGAUAGCAACUCUGUCCCUAGAUAUGUCUUCAUUGAGAGUGAUGGGUGCUUGACGGAUUCCCAGCUGCCUGGUUCCCGCUCUGGUUUCAUGCGUAGAACCCAGGACAACGAGCUCGGGUUCCACAUUGAUGCCUUUAGGUUCUACCAGGAGGACGGGGCAGAGCUGUACAUCACCUGCCACCUUAUGGCAGUCCCUGUCAUGGACCAUGCAGAGCCUAGCAACAAGGCAUGCUCCUUCAUUGAUGGCAGAUGGAGGUCUGCUGAUGAGAAUGAUUUGCUAUGUGGGCAUUGUCUAAGCCUGAGUAGACAGAAGGGGGUUGAUCAAGCUCCAGCACAACGUCCCCUCAGUCCAAGACUAGGUGGUAGCCAACUUGAACCUCGUAUCUACCGCAACAAACCCCCAGUCUCUGGUGACAAUUGGAGUAUUGGGAUGAAGGCCAAGAAAGUAUGGGGCCAGGAUACUACUUUGGGCCCCAUAAUGGUCCUCCCAAGUAAACAGAAGCGUACAUCU